AUGUUCGAAAUCGUGUUUGCUGUACCUCUUGAGUGUGAAGCCUGUGUUGACUCCGUCUCACAGGCCCUUCAGCCAUUGGGGGUCAAGUACACUGUGGACUUAGCCAACAACUCGGUCACCACCUAUGGCAAAGUUCCUCCAAGUGAAAUAGUCAGGGCUAUCCAAGAAACCGGCAAGGAUGCCAUCAUUAGGGGUACUGGCAGUGCCAACGGAGCAGCUGUGUGCAUUUUGGAGUCAUUCAACACCAAUGUGCAGCCAGUCAAGGGAUUGGCUCGGAUUGUAUCUGUGUCUCCAAAGGACUUGUACAUCGAUUUGACUGUCAAUGGACUCCCCAAAGGUACCUACUACCCCUCUAUCAGGGCGCUGGGUGACUUAUCCAAAGGUCCGCUCUCUACUGGUGCAUUGUUCUACGAAUUGGAUCCUAUCCAAGUGGAGACUCCAUCCACGUUAGAUACCACCAUCAGCUCGGUGGGUGCCCCAAUUGUCCUGGAUGAGGAUGGAUUGGCGUCAGGCCAGUCGUUCUUACAUGCCAGCUUGAGCAUCAACGACUUGAUUGGCAGAAGCGUCAUUUUGUCGAAGUUGAAGGGCACCGUCACUCCUGACUCGCUCUGUGGGGUGAUUGCAAGGUCUGCUGGUGCCUGGGAAAACGACAAGCAGGUGUGCAGCUGUAGUGGCAAGACUGUGUGGCAGGAAAGAACCGACGCCAUUUCCAGAGGUGCCGUCUUGUGA